AUGAGGUCGUGGUUCAGCGACAACAACAAGCCAUCGCUGGUCGAGCGGUUGUGUAUCAAUGUCUUGAGAUGCGGACCCAUUCCCAGACACGUGGCCUUCAUUAUGGACGGCAACCGGCGGUACGCCCGCAAGACAUCUGUCGAGACCAUCGAUGGCCACAAAGAGGGCUUCGACCGCAUGGCGCAGACACUGGAGUGGUGUCUGGAGCUGGGAGUGGAUGAGGUGACGGUCUAUGCGUUCGCAAUCGACAACUUCAAGAGACCGGCCUCGGAGGUGAACAAACUGAUGGACUUCGCGAGAGAUAUGUUUCAGAAGUUGUUGGACGAGAGACACAAACUGAUGGACACCGGGAAGUGUGUCCGAGUGAUCGGCGAUCUCUCGCUAUUGGCUCCAGACAUACAGCAAUUGGUGGCCGAGAUCGUCCUGUUGACCAAAGAUAAUCGACACAAAGUGCUCAACAUCUGCUUCCCCUACGCCUCCAGACACGAGAUGACGGAAGCGCUCCAAGAGUUGCAGACAUGUGUCCGAAAUGGUCUCAUCCGCGAGUCGGAUAUCAACGAGUCGUUGAUAUCGAAGUUCUUGUACACGAGUCAGUCGUCAGAUCCCGAUCUACUGGUGCGCACCAGUGGUGAGACCCGUUUGAGUGACUUCUUGUUAUGGCAGACGAGCUUUUCGGUGAUAGCGUUCGCGGAUGUCUUGUGGCCAGAGUUCACGAUUUGGGACUUAUUCUCAGCCAUUCUUUAUUAUCAACGCAAUUGUGGAUCAGUUAAAAAUGCCAAACAGUUGUACGAAUCACGGCUUAAUGACAUCGAAGAAUCAGCUGAUGAUACCAUCGAUGAUAGAUUGGACGCCACGAGGUCUACAAGAAGUCAACGAAUCGCUGAUUGUUUAUUGUAUUUAGAAAACAAACGAUUGAAUCAAUUGAAAUGCAUGUGUAAUAAAGGGGUGAAAGUGGACACUUGA